AGCGGACAGACCUCUCGUCUUCCCCUCCUGUGGGAACUCAGACAUCAUGGAGGAAUCCUCGGCUGAAACUCCGGACUCCAGCGUGCAAGACAAUGUGCCUCCCCUCGCUGUGAGGGAUGUUAAGGUGCUGCUCCAGAGGGAAAGGUCACAGGGCACCAGCAGCCCGUCCAGAGACGACGACUCCACACUGCUGAACCCGGCCACACCCAGCAGCAUCCUCGACGACAACACAAAGUCUAAUUCAAGUACCACAGAGGGGAGGAGUAAGUCCAGCGGCCUUUGCUUCAGUGAUGGAAAAAGUCGCAUAGACUACAUCCUGGUGUACAGGAAGUCCAGCUCGCUGGCAGAGAAGAGGGAGGUAUUUGAGCGGAAUAUCCGUGCUGAGGGCUUGCAGAUGGAAAAAGAGGCUUCCCUGACCAACAGUGACGUAAUCUUUCUGAAGGUUCACGCACCAUGGGAUGUCCUCUGUCGCUACGCAGAGCUCAUGAACAUACGCAUGCCUUUUAGGAGGAAAAUCUUUUACCUGCAACGACGGCAGAAGUUCAUGAGCAGGAUGGAGAAGCGAAUGAACAAAUUCCGUGGCUGGCUUCCCCAAAAGCCCAUGAAGUUUGACAACAACACUCUGCCUGACCUGGAGGAGAACGAGAGCUUUACCGCCCCCUUCAGUCGAUCGAGGAUACAUCAUUUCAUCAUCCACAACAAAGACACCUUUUUCAACAAUGCCACCAGAAGUCGCAUCGUCCACCACAUCCUCCAGCGGGUCAAAUAUGAGGAGGGAAAAAAUAAGAUGGGGCUUAAUCGUCUUUUGAGCAACAGCUCGUAUGAAGCAGCUUUCCCUCUUCAUGAGGGGAGCUACCACAGCAAAAACUCCAUCAGAACGCACGGAGCAGAGAACCAUCGACACCUGCUGUACGAGUGCUGGGCCUGGUGGGGGGUUUGGUACAAGUACCAACCCCUGGACCUCAUCAGGAGGUAUUUUGGGGAGAAGAUCGGCCUGUACUUCGCCUGGCUCGGCUGGUACACCGGGAUGCUGUUUCCUGCCGCUCUGGUCGGCCUGGUGGUGUUUCUGUAUGGCCUCUUCACUCUGGACCACUGCCAGGUCAGUAAAGAAAUCUGCCAGGCCACUGACAUCAUCAUGUGUCCCAUCUGUGACCAGUACUGCCCCUACCUGAAACUGUCUGACAGCUGUAUCUACGCCAAGGUCACCCAUCUUUUCGACAACGGGGCAACUGUUUUCUUUGCUGUAUUCAUGGCUGUCUGGGCAACAGUCUUUCUAGAGUUCUGGAAAAGACGCAGAGCCGUCCUUGCUUAUGACUGGGAUCUGAUCGACUGGGAGGAAGAGGAGGAUGAAAUACGUCCUCAGUUUGAGGCCAAAUACUCUAAGAAGGAGAGGACGAACCCCAUUUCUGGAAAGCCUGAGCCUUACCAAGCCUUCACCGACAAAUACAGUCGACUUGUUGUCUCAGCAUCCGGAAUCUUCUUCAUGAUACUGGUGGUGAUUGCCGCUGUGUUUGGCAUCGUAAUUUACCGUGUGAUCACCGUCAGCACCUUUGCUGCCUUCGGCUGGGCUCUCAUCAGGAACAACUCUCAGGUGGCGACCACGGGCACGGCAGUCUGCAUCAACUUCUGUAUCAUCAUGCUCCUCAACGUGCUCUACGAAAAAGUUGCUCUUCUUCUCACCAACUUAGAGCAGCCAAGGACAGAGUCUGAGUGGGACAACAGCUUUACACUCAAGAUGUUCCUUUUUCAGUUUGUCAACCUCAACAGUUCAACUUUCUACAUCGCCUUCUUUUUGGGGAGGUUCACAGGGCGGCCUGGUGCAUAUCUACGCCUCAUCAAUCGCUGGAAACUGGAAGAAUGUCACCCCAGCGGUUGCCUCAUUGACCUGUGUAUGCAGAUGGGGAUCAUCAUGGUGCUUAAACAGACCUGGAAUAACUUUAUGGAGCUUGGCUACCCGCUGAUCCAGAACUGGUGGACGCGGCGGCGGCUGAGGAGAGAGCACGGGCCGAACGCCAAGGCCAGCUUCCCCCAGUGGGAGAGGGAUUACAACCUGCAGCCAAUGAAUGCCUACGGACUCUUCGAUGAAUACCUAGAGAUGAUUCUGCAGUUCGGCUUCACCACCAUCUUUGUGGCAGCCUUCCCUCUGGCGCCGCUCUUGGCCCUGAUCAACAACGUCAUUGAGAUCCGUUUAGACGCCUACAAGUUUGUCACACAGUGGCGCCGACCUCUGCCAUCACAAGCCAAAGACAUUGGGAUCUGGUACGGCAUUCUGGAAGGCAUCGGCAUCCUGUCUGUCAUCACCAAUGCCUUCGUCAUCGCCGUUACCUCGGACUUCAUCCCGCGCCUUGUUUACGCCUACAAGUAUGGACCUUGUGCUGGUCAGGGUCGAGCAGGGGAGGGAUGUAUGAGGGGUUACGUCAACGCCAGUCUCUCGGUGUUCCAGGUGUCUGACUUUGAGAGGAGAUCGCAGUAUCGGACAAAUGGCUCUGAUAUCUUUGGAGAGGCUGUGAAGUACUGCAGGUAUAAGGUUACUGCUAGGGGUCGGUGGUCGAGCCUCCGGUACACUUUCCAAAAAACAGAUACAUCUGUUCGAAAUGGAAACGUGUUUAUUUUUAACUAGAUUUGGCAGCAGGCGUUUGUGUAACUCCAAGACAAAUUACAUGACCUAUUUUGUGUAUGUUCAUUCAUCACUUCAUUAAUGAUCCUUAUUAAUCAACACUAUGUCAAUUUUACUGAGCAACAGCGCCCUCUGCAGCCAAAUGUGGUGAUUCAUUCUAUUGGGCUCCAUGUCCAAGUGGUUUUCAUAUGGAAAAAAACAAAACCAGCGCUCUGACUGUGCCGUCCAACUCACUGAACUGAAACACCACUUAACAGGGGAUAUUACCCAUGAUCCUCAGCUUCCUGAACCAAAAGAGCUGCUGCUGUAACAAAUACACCAAACUGUGUUAUUUAUAUUUUAAAUGUUUACUGGCUGAAUAUUGGAAAUUUACACUGGUUUUCAAUGACUUCUACGUCUUUUGUACUGAUCUUCAGUUCAACAUAACUCCUGAACUUUCUGGACCUGACUCUGGCCAUUUAAGCUGCUUCUUUCACUGGAGAUUGUACCUGCUCACCAAAGUUACAUAGAGCAAGAACAGACAUUCAGGGUGAGGAGUGGGAAUGACAGUGGCACAAUUCUCUAUUUCAAGUCAGUGAACCGUCAAACACAUUUUGAAGCUGCUGUUUCAUGGUAAAAAUGUUGCGUAGUGUUUGUUUAACCAAAUAAGAAUCACAAAAUAAAAAGUUCAAAGGGGAAAAUACUGUAGAUAUAACCAUGUAGCCAGGUAGAAGCUUAAAACAUGUUAUGCAUACAAACGUUAUUUUGAGGCUAAAUAUGACAUUUUAUUAUAAUUUCUUGCUUGUAUCUAUACAGAUGUUGUCAGUGGCCUGAGCUGAACCUCUGUGAAUUUUACUUUUGUUUAAUUUGUUGACUUUUGUGUCAUCAGUUCUACUUAUGCCCUGAACUUUGACCUACACGUUGCGAUC